AUGCAGCACGCGGUGACCCACGAAAGCCGAAUGCUUUGCCGUCAGCAGCAUCAUUGUGGAGAACUUUUCGUGAGCUCAGACAGAGCGUUGGCAAGGGCACGCCGAAGGAGUGAGCUACUUGCUGAGAUGGCGAGCCGGGUUGCGGCUGCAGAACUGCUUGCCGAGGAGGAGACAGACCGAAAAGCUGCGAAUGAAGCACGCGCAACUUCCACUCUUGCAAGAUCGCGGAAACGAAGGACAAAGUCAAGGAGACGAGCAGAACGAAGCAAAGUUCAGUCAUCUCAAGCUCUCCCGAAAGCGGAUGAGGUCGAGAGUGACAGCGACCAUCACAGUGCUGGAGCUGAUUGUGAGCUAAGCACAUUGCCCACGGCUCUUCAUGAGGAUUUCUCUGCCAGCGUGCACAGCCUGAGGCAUAAUUUCCCGAUGUUUGAUGACGACAUCUUGUGCCAUCAUUUGCUGCAGGCUGAUGCAGACAUGGAGCAGGCGGUGCUUUCACUCUCCAGGCUUGAGCUGGAACCACCCAUCGUCUUGGUGCCCGCUGACAUUCCACCGAACCAGUGGAAGUCCUCAAGACAAGGCAGCCCGAAGCUGGUAAGUGGCAACGUCAUCGCCCGGACGGACCAUGCGUACUUGCCACUCUAUUGCUUCGUGGUUCUAGUCAUGCGAUCCGAUUCCCCACGGUGCAGAACCGGAGGUAUUGUCCGACCAAUACCCGAGGACAGGUUCAGGUUGCUUGGUGACGAGAAGGGCCAUUUCUGGAAGAAGAAAAACAGGAUUCCGGAGGUGGGUGACAUUGUUGAGAUCACGUUUUAUGAUGAGGACAACAGGAACUACUUGAGUCUCGGAAGCUACCCCCACAAAAACGAGGACUUGCUAUGCACAUCCCUCUGUCUUCGAAGCAGGAGCCAAUUACACAGAAAUGUCUCAGCUCUCGCAGCACUGACCUGUUUGGCCGUGGACGACGUUGAGAAAAGAUGGCCAUGGGGCAUGGGCCUCGGCAAGUUUGAGUCGGUACAACCAGGAAAGCACAUUUGGUUUGUCCAUGCGGCACAGAGCAGGCUGCAGUCCGUCAUUGUGAUGAGACUCAAGCAUCCUGACACUGUCAAUUUCAAGUACAGGAGCGAUGCCAGUGAGAAAAUCAGUUUGGACUUCAAGGCUGGUCGAAAGCACUUACGAGACUUGCCUGUCACUGCAGCCGGCUUCACCUCUUCUGCUCCGCACAUUCUCAAUGAGAGCUUCCAAGCUCGCAUACAUGCGACGGAUCAUCUGUUCAUCCUUGGCUUGGCCAGAGCAGAGCGUCGAGGCCCCGAGGGAUACAACCGGCUGCCGGAGUGCUCGGAGGCUUUGCUUCGUCAGCUGGAUGUGGAAUCUUUUGCGGAAUACUGCCAACUACUGGUGAUUGGAAUCCUCGAAGUUCCGAGGGCCGAGGGUCCCUUGCAACCUGCUCUUCACCGCCGCUUUCUGCCGGACGAAGUGUUGUUUACGAAGGUUGAGACAGACGACCCAGCCCGGAGUCCCAAGCGAUACAGCCACCAAACUGCUUCAGGACAAGAAGACACUAGACUACGGACCUUGCCAGUCUGCUUAGCAUCUGGUUGGAGGCCGACUUUAGAAGGCAGCGCUGCUGCACGGCGGGUCUCCAUGCGGCGGCCUUCCUGA